AUGCAGAGUUUUCACGUCUACUCACUUCCACCAGAACUUCUACACACACUCACCCCUAGAACCCUGCUAAAUCGACCACCCUCGCGAGCACCCACACCUGAGCCUGUCCUCCCUCCCGCGUCCACAAGCGGCUUGAGGGCCUGCAGCAUUUGCCUUGGGAUCACCUUUCGUGAUCUUGAUGAACAGCGAACACAUUUCCGUUCCGAUUGGCAUAGGUAUAACGUCAAGGUCCGCUUGAACGGUGGACAGCCAGUUACCGAGGCGAUUUUUGGGGAGCUCAUUGAUGCGCUGGAAGAUUCCAUAUCUGGCUCAGAGUCCUCUACAGAUGAAGAUGACGGCAACGACUCCGAUGCCGUCGACGCGCUAGUGAACAAAACGAAACGACUCAAUGCACGGCCUGAUUCUCCCGACUCCAUAUCGCAGAAUACACCGCAAACGGCAGUGACUUGGUUUCAUUCCCCACCCUCUACCCAACUGGGCAUAUAUCGCGCUCUAUUCCCCCUCCGCACAAAACCUGAAUCGUACUUAGACGAGCUGAGAGAGAUGCAAGCUCCCCAGUUGGAGGGAAGGACAUGGGCGAUGUUCAUGGUUGCUGGAGGGCAUUUUGCGGGUGCGUUGGUGCAGGUUAGCCAGCCCAAGGAUGAUGUAGAGGAGGAGGGGGCUCACGGUGAAGGAGAUACGACGGGGAAGGGGAGGAAGAAGAAAUUGAAGAAACCGAAGCCGGAAACGGAGGUUUUGAGGCAUAAGACGUUCCAUCGGUAUACCACACGGAGAAAGCAGGGUGGUUCUCAAUCGACGAAUGAUAACGCAAAAGGCAAUGCAAAGAGCGCUGGUGCUCAAUUGCGACGAUACGGAGAACAAGCUUUACGCGAGGACAUCAGAAAUCUACUAAAUGAAUGGGCUGAAGAUAUCGAGGGCUGCGAGAGGAUCUGGAUCCGCGCUAGCACCUCAAACCGCAAGAUCUUCCUCAAUUACGAGGAUGCCGUCAUAAAGAAAGGUGAUCCACGUUUACGUACUUUCCCGUUCCCUACACGUCGUCCUACACAAGCAGAACUUACUCGCUGUCUCGCGGAACUCACAAGAACCAAAGUAUCUCAUUUGACAGAAGAUGCUCUCCGCGCACAGGACGAAGCACACCUCGCCUCUCUCCUCCCUAAAACCCGACCACCUCCCGCUCCCUCCGCUCCCAUCGUCCCCGAAAAGCCAAAACAACCCAAGCUAAGCAAGGAAGAAGAGCUUCUCCGGGAAAAAUGGUCUCGUCUUCUAGAAAUGAUACAUAAAGGACGCUUGGAACCGCUCAAAGCGUUUUGGGAUCGAGAAAACGCCGCGUUGGGAGGAAACAUCGAUACACCCGUGCCCGAAUGGACCGGGGAACGCUGGGGCACGUUGCUCCAGGUGGGGACGCAGGCGGGACACGAGGACGUGACGCAGUGGUUGCUUGAAGAGGCUCGUGCGGACCCGACGAUCCCCGUGCCUUCAAAGUCCGGACAAGUUGACGUUGACGGAGAGGCGGAGGACGACGGUGGGGACACCUCUGACUCUCCGCGCAAGCUCAACACCGCCUCUGCCACCGGGCGCCGUACAGCUUACGACCUGGCGCGUACCAAACCCCUCCGGGACGUCUUCCGGCGAUGCGCAGCUGCCCACCCGGAGUGGUGGGACUGGCUUGGUUCGGCGCGCGUCCCGAGUGCGCUGAGCAAGGAGAUGGAGGAGGAACAGGAGGAGAAGAAGAAGGUCCGCCGGAAGGGGUUGAAGGAGCGUGUUAGGGAGCGGGAGGCCAAGGACCGGGAGAGGGAGACGGAGAGGCCAAAGACGCCGCCUGUGGUGGUUCAGACCAAGACUAAGGAAGAAAAAAAGCCUUCCUCUAUGGUUGCUAAUCGGCUUGGAGGGAAUGCUGGUGCGGCUGAUGCUGUUAUGGGUCUUACGCCUGAGAUGAGGGCCAAGGUUGAGAGGGAGAGACGGGCACGGGCCGCUGAGGCUCGUAUGAAGCUACUGGGGGCAACUUGGUGA